CUCCAAUAGAAGAAGACGAUGAUUUGAAAUAAUUAGCGCUUCUGGUUUUAAGGUCCUGGGAGUCGGUGCAGUGCGUUGGAAGAAGCUUGAAUCUCAUUCCAAAUUGGAGGAUCAAUGGAGACUGAGGCUUCGUCUUCAUCUUCUUCUCCGUAUCAAUUGAUGAACGCAAGUUCGGAAUUCUCGCCUGCGUCGUCUUCCAUGCCUUGGGGAUUGGAGGAAUUUUCGCUUCCAUUCGACAUGUACGAUUCGCAGGACAUGCUUCUGUACGGAGUUCUGGAGCAGAGCGAAAUUAAGGAUUCGUUUUCCCCAAUUUCAACCUCGAAACCUAAUAACGAAGGCGAAGGCGAAGGCGAAGGCGGCGGAGAGAUCAGAUUCAGCUCGCGAACGAAACGCAGCGGUGAGAGGAUCACGGAGAGAGCCUACAGAGGCGUCCGGCGGCGGCCGUGGGGGAAGUUCGCGGCGGAGAUUAGGGAUUCGACUCGGAACGGCGUCCGCGUCUGGCUCGGAACCUUCGACAGCGCGGAGGCGGCGGCGCUGGCGUACGAUCAGGCAGCAUUCUCGAUGCGCGGCGACGCGGCGGUAAUGAACUUCUCGGUGGACACGGUGGUGGAGUCGCUCGAGCAAAUGCAGUGGCCGGCGGAAGCGUGUAGCCCCGUCAUCGCGCUUAAGAGACGCCAUUCCUUGAAGAAGAAGAAAUCCGUGAGGAGGAAACCAGGUAGCAGCAGCAGCAACAACAACAACAACAACAUCCAUGGCGAUUCUCAGAAUCAAAAUCAAAAUCCUCGUCCUGUGGUGGUUUUCGAGGAUUUGGGAGCCGACUAUCUGGAAGCGCUUCUGAACUGCAGUUCCUCCCCAACGACGUCGUCUUCCUCCUCCAUCACUUCCAUUUAAUUAAUUUUGCAAUUUAAUUACGGUUUUGUAAUAUUAGUACUCCCUCG